GAGGGCAGACGAAACCGACCGGAGAGAAGACGAGGGGUAGGUCAUGAGCAGGAUGGCGAUUUGGGCAUUUACCUUCAUGGCGCCAACGUAUCUACUCUUACUCUUUCACCCUACUUGCUGAUACCUCCUUACCUCGGCAUUUUGAGAAAGCAGCGUGAAGCGAGCGGCACGUGACUAGGACGAGCCUGGCGAGGCGCGCGACUCCCUCGAGUGCUUGACGUGAAUUUAGAAAAGUUUAUAACACUGCAUAGGGCACGACUGGCGAGAGCAGCGCUGAGGCACGGCAACCAUGAGUGCGGUCGAGGUUCACCAUACCGAGAAACGCUCCUUUAAGGAGCUUAUGGUCGGAACCUACGACCUGAAAUAUCUCUGCCUGCCUGCUUUUCCAUACUUUCGGAAGGGGAAAGGCGUACCCCCGCCGCGCUUCUUCGGCAAGGAUGAUUUUCUGGGACUGUUCGUGGCCCUGGUCAUGGGCCUGCAGCACGCGCUGGCCAUGGUGGGAGGCCUCAUCACGCCGCCGCUGCUAGUGUCAACCCUGGCCUUCGGCAACCGGCCUGGGACCACAACUCCCUAUGCCCAGGGCGAUCCAGCUGAAAUUCAGCGCUACCUGGUCCAGGCGGCACUCAUCGUGUGCGGUAUCAUGACCUUUUUCCAAGUCCUGGGCGUGCGCAUUUACAAAACCAAGUUUCAGUACGGAGCGGGUGUGCUCUCUUGUAUGGGCAUCUCCUUUACAACCGUGCCCAUUGCGACCUCCGUCAUUGGACAGCUCAUGAAGGAGCAGGGACGAACUUUUGAGGAGGCGUACGGCAACUUUCUCGGCACCAUCGCCAUGUGCGGGGUAAUCCCCGUAAUCCUUUCAUUCUUUCCCAUUCGUGUCAUCAAAAAGAUCUUCCCGCCCCUUGUGUGCGGCAUUGUCAUUAUGAUGAUUGGCGUGCAUCUGAUCGGUUCUGGGUUUAAGAACUGGGGCGGCGGCGCCUUCUGUGCCGAUAACUGGCAGCACCCGCCCGCAACCAGAGCGUGCUUCCUGCCCGCCAAGUACCCCAACGGCACCAGUUACUUGCAGCUGAACCAAUGCUGGGUGGGCCCCGGCGUCAUGUGCGGCGACAAGACCAAGACCGAGGUAUUCCUUCCUUUCGGCUCUCAGGAGUACCUCGGCCUGGGCUUUUUGGUCUUCAUCACCAUCAUCUUCUUGGAGAUCUUCGGCAGCCCCUUCAUGCGCAACGCCUCUGUCAUUCUGGCGCUGCUGUUCGGCUACCUCAUCGCCGCUGUCACCACCUACCAGGGCAAGAAGUACGUGAUCACCACCAAGAUUGACCAGGCGCCCGGCAUCACCUUCCUGUGGACCACCACCUUCCCGCUAGGUUUCUAUCCGCCCGCCAUUAUCCCGCUGAUGAUUGUGUUUAUCAUCACAUCCAUUGAGACCGUGGGCGACACUUCAGCAACUAUGGAGGCAUCACGUAUGGCUGUUGACACCGAGGACGGCACGCGGCGCAUUAAGGGCGCGCUCCUGAACGACGGCAUCAGCGGCAUCUUCUCCGCCCUGGCCACCUCGCUGCCCCUGACCACGUUCGCUCAGAACAACGGCGUCAUAGCUUUGACCAACGUGGCCGCUCGUCAGGCCGGCUUUGCUGCUGCGUUCUGGCUGUUCCUGCUGGGCAUUCUAGGCAAGGUGGGCGCCUGGAUCACCACCAUCCCGGAGUGUGUGCUGGGCGGCAUGACCACUUUUGCCCCGACGCCCCUACCCGCAGUCCUGUUCGCCAACGUCAUUGCCUCGGGCAUUAAGAUUAUCAUCAACGGCGAUCCCCUCACGCGCCGCUCGCGCUUCAUCCUGGCGUGCUCAUUGGCGCUGGCGUUUGGCGUGGAGCUGGUCCCGCAGUGGGCCACGCUCAACCUGUGGCCCGUCACGCCCGGCAUGUCGCCCGGCCUGCGCGGCCUGCGUGACGCCAUCAUCCUGGUCAUCUCCACCUCCUUCACCCUGGGCGCCGUGGUGGCGCUCAUCCUCAACCUCAUCAUACCGCUGGACAAGACCGAUCCUACAGUCACAAGAUGCUCUCCAGGUGCUAGCUCGGUCAGCACUGAGAAUGACGGGAAGGAUGCUUCGUUCCACUCAGACGCGGCACAGGCCAGCAGUGCUCCACCGCCGGUGGUGACCAUCACGCAGAGACACAGCAGCAAUGGCUUCGCGUAGGCGGCCCUGGCUUCGUGGCUCUGUACUGGCCUGGGUAAACGAUAUGGAUGGCCAUCCGGUGAACCCGUAAAUGAAUGAGGCUUUUAUGGUGAGGCUGCGUUCGGUCUCCCCCCAAUAAAAGGAGCAACCGAAAGGUCAAGGCCUCUUUUGCUCGCAAUUUUAUUUGUACUGCCAAAGUAUCAAUGGUUGUACUGACUCGGUUCUGAUUGCACCCCGGCGGUGUGUCGCGUGCACACGCGCGUGUGGGUCUUGCAUGGUACGGACGACCAUAGGCUUGGGACACGCAUGUGCAAUCAGUUGUAUGUCCGAUGGACAUGUCGACAGGGCACACGCCUCUGAGGACUGGUGGUGUAGGAUGUUCAGCACGCAUGGUGUGCGUAGUGCAUUGUAUCCUGCUGUUGAUUGUUUGGUUGACCAUGACGUGAUGACGCGGCCAUGGCAGACAUGCAAACCGCUGCCGCUGGCUGACUUGGACGUCAUGGAUUAGCCUCCUGGAUCCAAUGCAUUAGCCAGUAUGGGGAAAUUCAACUUUGCUGACGCUUGCAAUUGGACUGGAUGUCAGUAACCCAGCCUGCCGUAGAGGGCUUGGUGUGGUGCCCAGUGGGAGUAUCACGGUAGAUGCCAUGCAAGCUCAUGUGCUCAAGGGCGCGUCGUGGGCUUAUAAUAUAGUAUGAUGAGCAACCCCAACCCUUACCCCUGAGCAGGAGCGUGCGGGGUUCUGUUCGUUGCCGGAGAAACGGCGGGUUUCUAGGGUGACACGGCUGGGGCGCAUGCGUGCCAAACACAUUGCAUGCACGGCGUCGACAGGCGAGCAGAGCAAAGCGCCGUGUGAUUUUCGGGCUUUCGGUAAGGCAGGUUGGUAAAGUCCCGUAGGGUGCAGCUGAUGUUUCUUUGUGGGGGGAAGGCCACGUUGGGAGGAGGAGAGCGCAGCGCCGCCCUAGAAGCGGCGCAAGCGCGCAGGCUGAGGAGCCGGCUGGUGUCUUGGUAGCGGUCCGCGGUGGGGCUGGCAGGGCAUGCGUAGCGGCAUGACAAGUAGUGCGGCUGUUGACAACUGUGCUGCGUCUGGCUGCGGUUGGCUCUGCUGUGGCAUCGCGAUUGCUAGGCAUCGGGUUUGGCUAUGUGCCUAUGGAAACUGACCCCGGCUAUGUCCGGGCGAUGAGGUUGUUCGGCCUCAGACUGUAUGUGGAGGGGCUCAGCCCCUUUUCCCGUGACCGGGGAACACUUGUCGUGUGUGUUCGGGGUUAUGAAUGCGGCAAUUCUGUACAAGAGGGCGGUGGGUUGCGCUAUUGAGUGGGAACCUUGCUGGCGAUGGGCCAGUGAUGUGUGAUGGAUCAGGCUGGAGUGUUGGAAAGGAACCCAACAUGUCAUUGUGGCAUGCAUGCAAGUGGCUCUCGCGGAGGUAAUGCAGCACUUUCGCGCUUGUGGGCUUAUAAAUACCGUAAUGAUUGUACCUUGGCGUGAGCCUUCAGCGAACGGGAUGGCUAAAGAGACCAACCUGACACUCCAGACACGCUGGUGCCGCGCCUGGCACCCCUGAAUAGAAGGCUUCACGCAUUGCUUGUGGCUGCAGUGGGCUUUAGCUUUCUGCGGCCGUGAAGCCCAUCCCGCCCAACGACGACACGUCCACCACCACCUCGAUGAUUGUGCGUAGCGGGAGUAGCAACAAGAUUUUGCCCGUUGAUGAUUUUGCUAAGGCCAAACCCGUCUCGUACGAUGACUCCACGCACCAGUUGGGGUCAUGCAACAGCGAGAGCCCCACGCCAUGUCCGUGUGCGGGGUGGCCAACUCGCCCCAUGUGAUCGGCAACGGUUGGCAACCGCCCCCAACACCCAGUUGCGACCAGGCCCCGGCCCGAUUCCUUUGGAUGUACGGAUGUACCAAUAACCCCUGCACCCUCGCUAUUCCGAGUGCACCGUGGCAUUGUGUGAUGGGUUUGACCCUACGCUGUCGCAUUGGCAUAUAUACUACAAUCUCUUCAGGACGUUUUGUGGGCGCAUUGCGUUUGUUUGCCCAGUCACUGCUGCGGCUAGUAAUGUAUGUUUCGGGAUUCAUACAGUUUUGGACCAGGGCGCCUGCCCUAACUUGGACUGUUUAUUAGACCGACGCCCCCGCCCUGGUAGUUGCGACGUGCGUGCGCUAGGUGCCCUACUGAAGAGGCGAAGCGUGUUAUUAAGGGCUGGUCGCUGCUUCCGUGCAUGUUUGUCAUGCGGGCCAGCUGCAUUUUGUGUGUGUGUGUGUGUGUGUGUGUGUGUGUGUGUGUGUGUGUGUGUGUGUGUGUGUGUGUGUGUGUGUGUGUGUGUGUGUGUGUGUGGUAUUUACCGUGUGGAUGUCCACCGGCCUGCGGCAUCUGUUCCAGCGUAGAUGCCCCCCGCAUGGGUAGACAGGCUGGAUAAACGCGCAGGCUAAAUCCAGCCAGUGUCCGGCCGGAGCCAGAGCACAGCGUCCCUGGCUGUUUGUGUGGACGACUUCACCCAAUGAGGUCUGCGUGAUGGACUGCACGUAAACCUUGCACGCAAAGCUUGCAAUGACAAUCCGCACGUCCCUACCGCCUGCUGGUGCAAUCGGAUAACAAUGCUAUCGACGUCACGACAUGCUUGAAACAACGCAACACUGCUGCGUGGUAGACGACGGUACCUU